AUGGUAUGGCGGCGUACAGAGUUUGGAUUUGAUAUUGGAGAAGAAGAGUGUAAAGAGAGAUGUGAAGAUUGUGAGGAAGAUUGUAGAAAAGAUAGUGAAGAAGGUUGUAGAGAAGAGUGUAAAAGGGAAAGGUCUGGAGAGUAUAGAGAAGAGUGUAAAGAUUGUGAAGAAGAUGCUGUAGGUGCGAAAGAAGUGGUUGGAGAAUUCUCAAAAUCCUUAAGAACACUUUCAAUGCGAGUAUGA